AUGAGUCUAAAAAAUGCAGAAGGAUUGACUUCGAAAACAGAAACAUCUACAGCAAUUAUUGAAUUAGCUACAAUUCCGCAAUUUAUCAGGAGCAGACGAAACAGAGCGUAUAGAUGGGAUCACAAUACCGAAGGUGACAAUGCCGACCAUCACGAUGAUCACGAUGAAGACACUUUAAAUGACGAAGAGAACGGUCGGACAAAAGCGAUAGAUCGUCCUAAGACUGAUUACUGGGUCGGUUAUUAUGAUUUUUUGAUAAACGAAGGAAGCUACAAAUUCUGGGCCGUCUUUCAGCUCGCGACCGCAGCUCUUUUGGUCUACAGCGCUUUCGCGGCUCUCUAUUAUGCCAAAGUGAAUCCACAGACCACGGAUGAUUAUUUCGACGAUCUACUCCGCCGACGACGACGAAGAAGACGCCGCUCCCUUCCGCUCGUAGCCCAAGAUAGACCCUUCGCCGGACUCGACACCGUCACGUUCCAAAGGAUAAUUGAGGCUGUUGAACGAGCACGUUGA